AUGCCACCCUCCAGCGGCAGAGUGCAGUCCCUCGUCGUUUCGCACCCGGCGCUGUCUUUUACGGCUUCUUCGGCCGUACUGGGCUUGUUUGCCCUGUCGCCCACACCGCCUCUCGUUCCUGUCGCGCUACUUGUCGCCAUCAUCCGCCUCUCGGCCUGGACGUUCGUCCCCAGGCAGCACGGCUACGUCAAAGGUGGGCUGCAGGCCCUCGCCAUCGCCGCCUCCGCCGGCGCGGCACAUCUCGCUCCCGGUCUCGACGCGACGUCAACGCCUCGGACGGCGUUCGUCGUUCUGUCGGCAAUGUCCCUCGGAACGUCCGCGUUCGCUGUUUUCCUUGUCUUCCUCGGUACUCGGCUCGGCUGGUCCGGGAACAUGCACUGGUCCAAGCUGACCGUAUUCCCUGCGCUUUGGGCGUCCGGUUGGGGCUUGAUGUCAGAAGUGACCAGCGUAGGUCAGCUUGUGACAUGGAGCCCCGUCGUCGGACAGGGCCCGUACGUGUGGAUGAGGCAGUUCUUCGGGCAAUGGGGCAUCGACUGGGUCACCGCGGCCUGGGCGGUGGUAAUUUCCGAAGUGUUGGGAGACUGGCUGGUCGGCGCACCAGAUCACGACGGAGAUGCGUUGGUCGACACCGAGCCUCUCUUGGGGGAUCAUGCUCAUCCUCAAUACGGCUCCGUUGCGACCCCAGCAGACACGAAGACUUCCGCUCCCUUGUCCAGGUCACGCAGCCUCCUGGUCCUUACCGGGACCUUGGUGCUGCUGAUGCUGCCGUCGUACACGUUCCCGGUAACUCCCCUUCCGUAUACCUCUGGGGACACUGUCACCCCCUUCCAUGUCUCUUGCGCACUCCCCAUUACUCGCUCUGGCAACCCGACACUUGAAGACUACAUCGUGGAGACACGCAGAAUCCAAGAUAAAGCAGACGUCAUCCUGUGGCCCGAAAGCGCAGUGCGCUUCGAGAGCCCGCAAGAGCGCGAGGAGGCAUUUGCAAGGAUCCAGAACAGCAGCGGGGUGACCAACAAGAAACAUAUCGGAGUCUCGUUCGAGGAAUACGUGCCCGCGGAUGCCCGAGGCCAGCCCGGGCAUCGUUAUAACGGCUUUGCCCUGCUUUCGCUCAAAGGGCCGCCAGCCAUCGAAUAUUACAAAAGAAAUCUCGUUCCCAUCGUUUUCUCUGACCCCGGGCACGGACCACCUGCCAUCUUCGACGUCGAGCUUGACAGGCCGAAGGGGGCUGCAGGUCCCAAGACACGUCUCGUCCCCGUCACCGCCUCCAUCUGCCUCGACUUUGCGUCGACGUCAUCGUUCACGCCUCUCGAGAACCGCGCGGCCGUCAUCCUCGCGCCGGCGAAGACGUGGCACCCGAGCGUCGGGCUCGCGAUGUGGGAGCAGGCGAAGGCGCGCGCGGCCGAGACGGGCGCGUCGAUCGUGUGGUGCGACGGUGGGCGCGGCGGGCUCAGCGGGGUCGCGGAGGGACGAUACAGCGAGAUCGUGCAGGUCGGGCCCGGCUCGUGGAGCAAGCCGCUCGGGGUGCCGUACCCGUUUGACGAGCGUCGCACGUUCUACGAGCGCGGCGGGCAGUUCGCGACGCUUGGCACGGUGUGGGCCGUGGUCGCCGCGGGGUACGUCGUCGAGAUCGCGUUUAGCGACAAGGCAGUUGGUGGCGUGCGCGUGGCUGUCCAAACUCUCGCGCAGAAGCUUCGGGGAGGCAGGCCGACAGAGGGGAAUCUCUUGGACAUGUAA